CCCACGCCCGCCGCGGAGCCGCUCAAGGGCGCCCCCAAGACCUUCUGGGUGAACGAGGGCAAGCACGCCAAGUUCCGCUGCUACGUGAUGGGCAAGCCCGAGCCCGAGAUCGAAUGGCACUGGGAGGGCCGCCCGCUGCUCCCCGACCGCCGCCGCCUCAUGUACCGGGACCGCGACGGCGGCUUCGUGCUCAAGGUGCUCUACUGCCAGGCCAAGGACCGCGGGCUCUACGUGUGCGCCGCGCGCAACUCGGCGGGCCAGACGCUCAGCGCCGUGCAGCUGCACGUGAAAGAGCCCCGCCUCCGCUUCUCAAGGCCCUUGCAGGAUGUGGAGGGCCGGGAGCAUGGGAUUGCCGUGCUGGAGUGCAAAGUACCCAACUCGCGCAUUCCCACAGCCUGGUUCCGCGAGGACCAACGGCUGCUGCCUUGCCGCAAAUACGAACAGAUUGAGGAGGGCACCGUCAGGCGCCUCAUCAUCCAUAGGCUGAAAGCCGAUGAUGACGGUGUCUACCUGUGCGAGAUGCGGGGCCGGGUGCGCACCGUGGCCAACGUGACAGUCAAAGGGCCUAUCCUGAAGCGGCUGCCCCGGAAGCUCGACGUUCUGGAGGGCGAGAAUGCGGUGCUGCUGGUGGAGACGCGGGAGGCUGGCAUCGAGGGGCGCUGGAGCCGUGACGGGGAGGACCUACCCGCCAUCUGCCAGACCAGCUCUGGCCACAUGCAUGCCCUGGUCCUUCCCGGGGUGACUCGAGAAGAUGCUGGCGAAGUCACAUUUAGCCUGGGCAACUCGUGUACCACCACUCUCCUGAGAGUCAAAUGCGUCAAGCACAAUCCUCCAGGACCCCCGGUGUUGGCAGAGAUGUUCAAGGGCCGCAAGAACAUGGUCCUGCUGACCUGGAAGCCUCCCGAGCCAGCUCCCGAGACCCCCUUCAUCUACCGGCUGGAGAGGCAGAAGGUGGGCACGGAAGACUGGGUUCAGUGCUUCAGCAUUGAGAAAGCUGGGGCUGUGGAGGUGCCAGGAGACUGUGUGCCCUGCGAGGGAGACUACUGCUUCCGCAUCUGCACAGUCAGCGAACACGGCCGCAGUCCCCAUGUUGUGUUCCACGGGUCUGCUCACCUCGUGCCCACAGCUCGCCUAGUGGCAGGUCUGAAGGACGUGCAGGUAUACGACGGGGAAGAUGCUGUCUUCUCCCUCGUUCUCUCCACCAUCAUCCAGGGCACCUGGUUCCUUAACGGGGAGGAACUCAAGAGUACCGAGCCGGAGGGCCAGGUGGAGCCUGGGGCCCUGCGGUACUGUGUGGAGCACAGUGAGCUGCAGCACCGACUCAUCCUGCAAGCCGUCAAGCACCAGGACAGUGGGGCCCUGGUCGGCUUCAGCUGCCCAGGUGUGCAGGAUUCGGCUGCCCUCACCAUCCAAGAGAGCCCGGUGCACAUCUUGAGCCCCCAGGACAAAGUGUCGUUGAACUUCACGACCUCGGAGCGGGUGGUGCUGACAUGUGAGCUCUCCCGGGUGGAUUUCCCGGCAACCUGGUACAAGGAUGGGCAGAAGGUGGAGGAGAGUGAGUCGCUGGUGGUGAAGCUGGAUGGGCGCAAACACCGUCUGAUCCUGCCCGCUGCCGAAGUCCGGGACAGCGGCGAGUUUGAGUGCAGAACGGAAGGGGUCUCAGCCUUCUUCAGCAUCACCGUCCGAGACCCCCCAGUGCACAUCCUGGACCCGCGGGAGCAUGUGUUUGUGCACGCCAUAACCUCUGAGUGUGUCAUGCUGACGUGUGAGGUGGACCGAGAGGACGCCCUGGUGCACUGGUACAGGGAUGGGCAGGAGGUGGAGGAGAGCGACAUCAUGGUGCUGGAGAGCGAGGGACCCCAUCACCGCCUGGUGCUGCCCGCCGCCCAGCCCUCUGAUGGGGGCGAGUUUCAGUGCGUUGCUGGAGAUGAGCGCGCCUACUUCACCGUUACCAUCACAGACGUCUCCUCGUGGAUCGUGUACCCCAGCGGCAAGGUGUAUGUGGCGGCUGUGCGCCUGGAGCGUGUGGUGCUUACCUGUGAGCUGUGCCGGCCCUGGGCCGAGGUGCGCUGGACCAAGGAUGGUGAGGAGGUGGUGGAGAGUCCGGCGCUGCUCCUGCAGAAGGAGGACACCAUCCGCCGCCUGGUGCUGCCUGCUGUCCAGCUCGAGGACUCCGGCGAGUACCUGUGUGAGAUUGAUGAUGAGUCAGCCUCCUUCACCGUCACUGUCACAGAGCCCCCCGUACGCAUCAUAUAUCCCCGGGAUGAGGUGACCUUGAUCGCCGUGAGCUUGGAGUGUGUGGUGCUAAUGUGUGAGCUCUCUCGGGAGGAUGCCCCGGUGCGCUGGUACAAGGAUGGUCUGGAGGUGGAGGAGAGUGAGGCCCUGGUGCUCGAGAGUGACGGGCCCUGCCGCCGCUUGGUGCUGCCUGCUGCCCAGCCUGGGGACGGGGGCGAGUUCGUGUGCGACGCUGGAGAUGACUCGGCCUUCUUCACUGUCACCGUCACAGCCCCACCAGAGAGGAUCGUGCGCCCGGCAGCCCGCUCCCUGGACCUGCAGUUUGGGGCUCCAGGGCGCGUGGAGCUGCGCUGCGAGGUGGCCCCUGCUGGGUCCCAGGUGCGCUGGUACAAAGAUGGGCUGGAGGUGGAAGCAUCAGACGCCCUGCAGUUGGGUGCUGAGGGGCCUGCUCGCACCCUGACCCUGCCCCACGCCCAGCCCGAGGAUGCCGGGGAGUAUGUGUGUGAGACCCGUGAUGAAGCUGUCACCUUCAAUGUCAGCCUGGCUGAGCCCCCAGUCCAGUUCCUUGCCCCAGAGGCAGCCCCCAGCCCGCUCUGUGUGGCCCCCGGGGAACCUGUGAUGCUGAGCUGUGAACUGUCCCGGGCUGGCGCCCUUGUCUUCUGGAGCCACAACGGGAAGCCGGUGCAGGAGGGUGAGGGCCUGGAGCUCCACACUGAGGGCCCUCGCCGCGUCCUCUGCAUCCAGGCUGCAGAGCCAGCCCAUGCAGGCCUCUACACUUGUCAGGCCGGGGAGGCCCCAGGAGCCCCCUGCCUCAGUUUCACUGUCCAAGUGGCUGAGCCUCCCGUGCGGGUGGUGGCCCCAGAGGCGGCCCAGACAAGAGUUCGCAGCACCCCAGGCAGGGACCUAGAGCUGGUGGUGCACCUCUCCGGGCCUGGGGGUGCUGUGCGCUGGUACAAGGACGGGGAGCGGCUGGCCAGCCAGGGGCGGGUGCAGCUGGAGCAGGCCGGGGCAAGGCAGGUGCUGCGGGUGCGGGGGGCACGGAGCAGAGACGCUGGGGAGUACCUGUGCGACGCACCCCAGGGCAGCCGCGUCUUCCUUGUCAGCGUGGAAGAACCUCCGCUGGUGAAGCUGCUCUCGGAGCUGACGCCACUAACUGUCCAUGAGGGUGAUGACGCCACGUUCCGGUGUGAAGUCUCCCCUCCAGAUGCCGAUGUCACCUGGCUGCACAAUGGGGCCACUGUCACUCCAGGACCUGGGCUAGAGGUGGGCCAGAAUGGGUCAAGCCGCACACUGACCGUGCGAGGGUGCCAGCUGAAGGACGCGGGGAUCAUGACUGCCCAAGCAGGGGGCACAGCAACAAGUGCCCGGCUCCACAUUCGAGAAACGGAGCUGCUUUUCCUUCGGCGGCUGCAGGAUGUGCGGGUGGAGGAAGGCCAGGACGCCUGCCUGGAAGUGGAGACAGGCAGAGUGGGUGCAGCAGGCGCCGUGCGCUGGCUUCGAGGUGGGGAGCCCCUACCCCAGGACCCUCGCCUGUCUGUGGCCCAGCAUGGCCAUGUCUGCCGCCUCUUCAUCCAUGGAGUUGUGCUGGCUGACCAGGGCACCUACGGCUGCGAGAGCCACCACGAUCGCACCCUGGCCAGGCUCAGCGUAAGGCCAAGGCAACUAAGGGUGCUGCGACCUCUGGAGGAUGUGACCAUCAUCGAGGGGGGCAGCGCCACCUUCCAGCUGGAGCUGUCCCAGGAGGGUGUGAUGGGGGAAUGGGCCCGCGGUGGAGUCCGGCUGCACCCGGGGCCCCAGUGCCACAUUCACACAGAGGGCUGCACUCACCACCUGGUACUCAGUGGCCUGGGCCUGGCCGACUCAGGCUGCAUCUCCUUCACCGUGGACUCCCUGCGCUGUGCAGCCAGACUCACUGUGAGAGAGGCCCCAGUGACCUUUGUGCAGGUGCCACAGGACCUAGAGGUGACCGAGGGCGACACAGCCACCUUUGAGUGCGAGCUGUCCCAGGCCUUGGCUGACGUUACCUGGGAGAAGGUCAGAGCCCAGCCCCGGCCCAGCCCACCUGGGCAUCAGAACAGUAACAGUGCCCCAAACACACUGACACUGAGCAGACGUGCCUGGCCCUGUGCUCAGAUUUACUUUAAGCGCGUGGUGUCCGUGCUCUCCGAGCUCCGGCCGGUGCGCGCCCGCGAAGGCGACGGCGCCACGUUCGAGUGCACCGUGUCGGACAUCGAGACCACCGGGAGCUGGAAGCUCGGGGGCCGCCCGCUGAGACCCGGAGGCCGGGUCCGCAUCCGACAGGAAGGGAGGAAACAUAUCCUGGCGCUGAGCGAGCUGCGCGCGGAGGACGCCGGCGAGGUCCGCUUCCAGGCGGGGCCCGCCCAGUCCGCAGCUGCCCUGGAGGUGGAGGCACUGCCUCUCCAGAUGCGCCGCCGCCCGCCUCGCGAGAAGACGGUUCUGGUGGGCCGCCGGGCGGUGCUGGAGGUGACUGUGUCCCGCUCCGGGGGCCACGUGUGCUGGUUGCGGGAGGGGGUCGAGCUGUGCCCAGGAGACAAGUAUGAGCUGCGCAGCCAUGGCCCUACCCACAGCCUGGUCAUCCGUGACGUUCGACCUGAGGACCAGGGCACCUAUUGCUGCCAGGCCGGCCAGGACAGCGCCCACACGCGGCUGCUGGUAGAGGACAGCCCUGAACAAGGUCCAGAAAGGGUGGGACAGAGGGCGAGGACCCCACUCUUCUGGUGUGGGUGUCCACGCUCUACCAGGGAGGAAGGUGGUACCCACUCUCUCUCCAGCCCCAAGUGGAGUCAUUCCUCUGCAGGUAGCUAGAAGGAUCGAACCAGGCCAGGCGGGUGCCCUCGGACAGCUUGGAAGGCGCAUGCCCUUACCCCAGGCAGGGGUGGGGAGGCAGGGGAACCAGAGGUGUUGGGAGACAAUAAAAGUGUUGCAGCCCCUUUCCCUGGCUCUCUGUAUGACAUAGGAGGGCAGAACUGGACUAGAGCCCUGUGUAG